AUGAAGAUAAAAUAUUUUAAAAAGUUUAAAACUCUCUAUAAUCGAUUAUGUCUUGAACGAUUAUUGGAUUGUGUUGAACAUCGAUCUACAGAUUAUGAUUGCCCAAUUUAUUUUGUUCGAGAUGAUUAUUUAGCUCGUAAGUGCGCUGGCUUCCCCAUACCUGAUGAAUUGGAUAACUUAUUUCCAGAAAUGCAUAAAUUAGGCUCACAAGAAUUAUUACAUGAAUUUCUGGGAAAACCAAAUGAUUGGAAGAAAAAUGUUCAUAUUGUUUUAAAUGACUUAUUUGAACUGAUUUUAAACAAUAUGAUCAAUUAUCAAAAGUUGCCUCAAUUUCAUCUGUACGCAUGUCAUGAUUCAUCAAUUAUGUUAUUAUUAUAUGGAUUAAAUGCAUUCGAUGGUUGUUGGCCACCUUUUUCUGCUGAUAUUAUAUUUGAAUUGUAUACUACAUCAGCUACAGCUACAGCUACAACCACAGCCACAACCACAUCAUCAUCAUCAGAAUUAUCAAUUAUCAAAAAAUCAGCUGAUCUACAUACAAAUAACAUUUCUAGUAAUCAUUUUGAACAUAUAGAUGAUUUAUGGUUUCGUUUAAUUUAUCUUGGUAAACCAUUACCAUUGAGAACAUUAUGGAAUUUCUCUUAUCCUAAUGGUCAUCAAAUAAUUUCUACUGAUCAUUCAUUUGUUCCAUUGAAAAUAUUUUGUGAAUAUUUGGAUAAAGCUAAAAAAGAAAUUCUGUCUGCAAAUAUUUUGCUGAAUUUAGCCGGCAUUGACUUUACCAAUGGAACUUGCAACCGAGGAUCAAACUGUAAAUAUCGACAUGUCACUACAUCUCAGGAAACAUUAAAUCCUGGUUUCUUUAGUCAACCCAACUUACAAGAAAAUGGUUUUAUCAAUACAAAUGUAUCCACUAAACAUUUCGAUCCUUCUUUGAUAAAUAUUUCAAAUCCAACUAAUAAUAUAUCUCCAUUUGGUCAGUCAUCUAUUAUUAAUAGGGCUGUAAUUGUAUCACCAAACGAUCCGAUUCUAAAUCCCGUGAGCAAUGCUUAUAUUCCUGUGGCAUCUUCUCAUUCAAUUGUUGGUCUUAUUGGUAAUACAUCUACAGGACAGCCUACAUUGUAUACUCAUUCUUCGCUUGUUUCAAUAACAAGUGCACCUCAUAUUACUCCUUGUUCUUCCGUUAUCACAGUUAGUCCUGAUCCUAAUCAACAUCCGAAUAUGCUACAUCCUCAAACUGCUUUGUCAGCACCUCAUGCAACUUAUCAUAUUGUUCCACAUGAUGCUUCGCAACAUCACCAUCAUCAUCUACUUGCUACCAGUUCAAGUCAUUCACAUGCUCCUACUCUAUUAACCAUUCCUUUGUCUCAAUUCGCUUGUAAUGUCAGUAAUAAUAGCUUGAUUCAAUCUCAAGCCGCUAUUGCUUGUUCUACACAACAUCGUGCUGUUGUAACUGGUGUUUUACCAGCUAAUUCAACAAUAUCAACUGCACCUGCAACCUAUUUUCCGUCAUAUGGCGUGCUUCACAUCAAUCAACCAUCCAUAGAAACACAUGAUCAGCAACAGCAUCAACAAAUUACAACAGAAAUGCACAAAGAAGCUUGUAAAACCAAAAUAUCCACUACAACAACUACACCAGUUACUGCCAUUACAACAGCCACGACUUCUGUUGCCUCUUCUACAACAGCUGUAUUAGCUGCAGCAGCUGCGGCUGGCUACAUUGCACAACACCUACCAGUUAUUGGUUCCACUAAUAUAUCUGAAAGUGGUACAAUUCCUCAAGAUAUCAAUAACAAUCUUCUAUUGAAUCAAUCAAAAGGCGUUAGUGUUCAUGAGUCAGCACUGGCAGCAGCAGCAAGCUUACCAACAGUAUCAGCGGCUGCAGCUGCUGCAGUAGCUGCCGCCGCCGCAUUCGCACGUUCAACUUCCAUUACUCAAAAUUCUAAGUGUUGCCCUGUGAUUCUUCCCAAUGUUCAAAUGAAAUCUAAUGAAUUGGAUACCGAAUCUAAUUGCUUUAAUCCCAGUAAUAGUAAUAAUAAUAAUACUAUUAAUAAUGUAACUUUAAAUAAUAAUGAAUCAUGUUCUUGUCAAGAUUCUUCAUCUUAUUUAUCAAAUAUGAAAUAUGUUAAUCAUACUAAUGCUACAACAUCGAGUAUAAAUACUGUUACGACUACGUGUACUCAAAGUAGUUAUUCAAUUAGAGAAUCUUCGCAUACAUCAGAUAAUCACAAUAAUAAUAAUUAUAAUAAUAUUAAUAGCAAUAGUAACAAUAAUUCAAUAAAGCCUAUAUCGUCAUCGGAUUCAUCAUCUAUGCCUUAUUCAAGUCAAUCAUCGGAUUAUUUGAAUCCAACUGAUGAAGAACAGGCUAAAACAGCAGCUGCUGUUGCGGCGGCUGCUUGUAUAGGUGCUAUUUUCUCUCAACCAAUGGCAGCAGCUGCUGCUGCAGCUGGCGGUGGUGGUGGUUGUGGUGUUGGUGGUGGUAACUCCGCCUCAUCUUCAAUGGCUGCCAUGUUAGGCAAUUUAAUGAGUCGUAAUCCACAAGAUAUCAUUCAAGCAGUUCAGUCCUCUUCAUCUUCUUCACUAUCAUCAUCAUCAUCAUCAGCUUGUGGUUCGUCACUCCAAUCCAAUUCAUCAAGACAUAUUUGCUCUGUGAACAGUAAAUAUACUUCAGCGUGUGAUGUAGACAAUUCUGUAAGUCGUUCAUCACAACAACAACAACAACAACACCAACAGCAGCAAUAUGUUUCAAUUGAUGAAAGAAAUAUAAAUGACGGUCAAAAUGAUCAAGGCAAUUGUGUAAAUAAUGUAAAUAAUAAUUCAACUGAUCAAUAUAAUAUUCAAUUGAAUUCUGUGAAUAAUUCUUCAUUUAUUUCUACAUUGGAUCGUUGCAAAUGUACCAAUUCUUCAUUAGAUAGUUCAUAUUCUUUUCAAGAUGUAAUUACUUCAGAUGCAAAUAGUUGGUCAAGUGUAACAACAACAAUGGCGUCAGCUGCUAAAGCUGCUGCAGCAGCUGCUGUCGCCGCUACAGCUGCCGUAACUGGUUCGGCCAAUUUCUUUCGAUUGGCACAAUUUAAGAAUAAAGUUGAUCCACAAUUGUAUGAUGUGCGUAUGGAAAAAGUGACAUCAUCAUCCAUGUCAUUGUCAAAUGAAUCAUCAUCAUCUAGUAUUUACAGUCCUUUACGUUGUAUUGAUCAGUCUAGAAGUUUACGAUUGACUUCUGACCAUAUGUCUUCAUCUGGUGUAGUGAAAAAAGAUACGGAACUUAGCGGUUUAUCAACUAAGGAGGCUGUAACAAUGACUAGCGCAGCAGCUGCCGCAGCAAUGGUUGCAGCUGCGGCUACAGUAGCUGCUGAACAACGUCAACUAAUUGGAAAUAAUUUCUUGUCUGAAGUUAAUCAUUCAAAUAAAUUAGAGAAACAAAAUGCACAUCGUACAUUGACAGGAAAUUCUUGUUUAUCAAAAAAUUCCGAAUGUGAUUAUCAUCGUACAUGUUCAUCUUUAUCAUCACAUAAUGAUUUUGCUUCACCAUCUUCUUCUUAUGAAACUGAUAGUCAAGUAUAUUCUUUAUCUCAUAAUGCAUCGAAUCGAUAUCCAAAGAAACAUCAUAAAACUAAACGAUUGACUACUGUUGAUUGUCGUUAUCCUAGUUAUUCUAGUUUGCAUCAUCAUCAUACUACCGGUUUGUCAAGAUCUGUUGAUGAUAAUGAAGAUGAUGAUCCUGAUGUAUACGAAGAUGAUGAUAUAGAGUCAACAGCUUUAAUGUCACCAUCUCCUGAAGUUACUCCUCCGUACAAUCUACCAACUAAGUUAAGUAAACGAGAAGGUUUAUUAGGUUUAUCCUAUUCACAUCAAGUGGACGAUAGUAGUCGACCGCCUUCUUGUGAGACUAGCCCAGAUCCAUGGAGAUCAACAAUUCGUAAAGUUGUAUUAUCUCGGACGACUGGAAAAACUGAUUGUCUUGAUGAUCAUUCAUCUCAAUCAUUAAGUACUUUACAGUAUUUGGAUAAUCAAUCUUCUGAACAUGGUAUGGCAUCUUGCUAUUUAACUAACAACAAUACACAUUCUGAAUCAAUGAAGACUAAUUCGACUGGUCCUUGUUUUUAUCCAAUUCGUCGAUCAGUUUCAACUGGUGCUUUACCCUUUAAAACAUCCUGCAAAACUGUUCUUAAAGUACGAUCAAAAUCAUUUCCAGGUUUAUGUUCUUCACAUUCUUAUUCAAAAGAUGAACAACGAACUGUUUUCGCCUCAUCUAUUGUUAAUCUCAGAUAUAAUCCAGCUGAGAAUUCUGUUUGCCCAACAAUGAAUGUGACAUCAACUUCUUUGUGCUUUCCGAAGGGUGAUAGUCGUAUAAAUAAAUUCCAUUCGUCCAGAUACAGAAGUCGAGAAUUUGUGAAAAGAAAAUUUCGUCGAACUAUCCAUCGAUAUUCUACACAACAUCCAAAUAACCGUCGUUUCAUAUUGCGAAGCACUCGGCCACUACCAAAUGUUUCCCCGACAUCUGUUCUCAGCGAAGAAUAUGGCGGUCGUGAUGAAGGUGAUGAUGCUGAGUACGUUGAUCCAGACUAUGAUGAUGAGGACUUAUAUGAAUUAUCCGUCCCGCGACCAUCUAUUAAACGUUCACCACAUGGGAUAUCAAAAUAUUCGACGAAGAGAAAACGUUCUCUGUACUCUUCUUCCUCUAACUCUCUCCUUGCUCCACCGUCGAUUAGACAACAAUAUGCACUUAAAGUUGAAAAUGCCCGUUUACGUCGUAAAUUACACGAUUUAAUGAGACAGCGUGGAGAUUUAAGAGCAGCGAAUGAAAUGCUUUUAGAACAGAAUGCACGACUACGUCAGUCCAGUAAACGUGUCUCUGCAGUUGCACGUAUGGCAGAAUCUGCUACAAAAAUCAUUGAAGCGCAUAAUAAGUCUCAACUUGCCCAGUCUAGUAGUUUUCCAUCAAGUUCUGGUGCAUGUCAGUCGACCGUGCCAUUUUCUAUUGCUCAAGCAGCAGCGGCAGUUGUUGCAGCUGCUGCCCAAAAUCAAACAAAUGCGCCUAAUCUAAGUGGACUGUAUGUAUCUUCUCCAACAGCUUCUAUUAAUCAACAACAUUCACCAACAAUUAGUGUUCUAGGUAGUAGCUCCAAUUUGCACUCUCUAUUUCCACAGAUCCCAUCGGCCAACACUACUGGUAUAGCUAUCUCAUCGAACCAAGCGUUGAAUGCAGUUCAAAUUCAAGCUCCAUCUGGAGCAUCAGCUACACCACCACAAGCAACUGGACUAAUUCAUCACCCACAGACUUUGGAUCCUCAACAAACUCCGAUAUCCAAUUACUAUCAACACCAGACUUCUGAUCUCCGUCCACAAGAUCGUUUACUUGAGUUGCUUACCGAAUACCUAUCAACCACAUAAACCUUUAUCUAAUCUUUGAUUUGAUAGUAUUUUUUUUCUUUCGAAAAGACUAUAUAGUAUGUUCGCCUUAACUUGAUCGAAUUUCUUUGUCACUUCAACCAGUUCAAAAUCAAUCAUGAGAACUUGAUGUUCCUAAUGUACAUUUGAAUAAAGCUUUAAAGUACA